CACCAGCGCCGAACUUAGGUUCGAACGUCGGUGAACAUGCUGCGCAACGGCAAGCCUUGCCACUCGAGCUGAAGCUCGGUCUCGAUCAACAGGAAUUGUUCAAGCAACCAGAAAAAGGCUAAACAAACAAAAACAGGAGAGAGAAUAUUCCAGCCCCUCUCUCUCCUCCCUCCUUUCCCAUAUAAACUUCACCAAGAAAAGCAACCUGAAAGAGGGUAGGGAAGAGAGGAGAGGGAGCCAAAGAAAGCUCUCUUCCUCUUCUUCCUCUCGAAUUUCAUCUCUCUCUUCUCCUCUCCCAGUCCCCAGAUUUUUGCAAGGGGAAGAGGAGAUGGGGAGGGAGGAGAGGUUCCCGGUGUGGGAGGCCGCGCUGGGUGCUGGGGUCGCCGCCGCUUUCGCCGCCGGGCUCGUCGGAGUCUACCUUUCCAUGCCGGACUCCGACUACAGCUUCCUCAAGUUGCCGCACAAUCUCGAGGAACUCCAAAUCCUCACUGGCCAUCUUGAGAACUAUACUAGUGACUACACCCUACAGGUGUUGGUAGGUUAUUGUGCUGUCUACAUCUUCAUGCAGACCUUCAUGAUCCCAGGGACAAUAUUCAUGUCAUUACUUGCUGGUGCUCUAUUUGGUCAACUCCGUGGCUUGGCCCUGGUGGUCUUUGCUGCCACUGCUGGUGCUUCUUCGUGCUAUUUCCUGUCGAAGAUGAUUGGGAAGCCACUGGUGUUCUCACUGUGGCCAGAUAAGCUCAGUUUCUUCCAGAAACAGGUUGCUAAAAGAAGAGAGAAGCUGUUGAAUUACAUGCUUUUCCUCAGGGUCACCCCAACAUUGCCAAAUACCUUCAUCAACUUAGCUUCACCCAUAGUAGAUGUCCCCUACCAUACAUUCUUAGUGGCAACUCUCAUUGGUCUCAUCCCAGCUGCUUACGUAACUGUGAGGGCUGGAAUUGCUCUUGGAGAGUUAACUUCUCUGAGUGACCUGUACGACACCCAGUCAAUAGCACUAUUAUUCCUGAUCGGUGUUGUUUCAGUCACACCAGCAUUGUUGGGAAAAGAUGAGGCACAAGAAAAACCAUUGGAAAUGGCGGUAGGCGCUUCAUGAGCACCAAACGGUGUCACCUCACCUGUAUAUAUCAACAUCCAGCAUGCGGUGGCUUCAUUAGAUCGGAUCAACGGGCCCUUGUGGCUGGACAGCAAAUGGUUCGCAUGGCUACACAGCUUGGCGGGACCUCUGCCCGAUGUCGGUCCAUCACUUGCCUACAGAGAAACCUGUGUUGCCAUCAUCAGAACAUUAUUUGAUGGCCAUUCACCACAUUAUGAAUGAAUGAACCUGGGAAGCAACCCAUCAGACAAGCUGCUCAGAUGUGUAAACUAGAAGUGCUGUUUAGAUGGGACAGUCAUUUAGUCGAAUCCUUGUGUAUAUCAACUUCAUUCAAUCCAUAUUCGGUGGUUCAAAGAUAA